UUUUCUGCAUUUUUGUUGGUGUACUACUCAAUAAUCAUGAACUAUUUUUUCAGCCAUUUCCAUGUUUAUAGAUCAUCAAACAUGAUAUUAUUGUUAUUCUUAUUAAUUCUUCACCAACAAUACUAUUUCAUCAAACCUAUAUACUCCUACUCUCGUAUAGAAGAUUUAGCAAUCAACUGUGGCUCUUCCUCUGAAUCAUCAAAUUCUAUUGUAGCUAAUAACCGAAUUUGGAUUGGAGACACUGCCAAUUCGAAACAUUUUUCUGUCUUAGAAUCAUCACCACAGAAGAAUCAAUCUUCAAUAUCUGUUACUACUCCUCAUCAUGAUCAUCCUCAUAGCACAGCAAGAAUCUCUCGCUAUGAAUUCACAUAUUCAUUUCAUGGACCUUAUACUCUUCUCAAGGACUUCAACGCUUCAAGUGCUGCUCAAGAACAACAAGAUCAUCAUCAUAAUAGUGAUCCAAACAAGAUUCUGCUUAUUGAGUAUAAGCACUGCAUAAAAGUUGAACCAGGUCAGAAUCUAACCUUGACCUUCAUCCCAAACACCACUCAUAAAGAUUCUUAUGCCUUUAUUAAUGGGAUUGAGGUCAUGUCUUUGUUCAAGUACCAUGAUCAAUGCAACAAGCAAAAGAAAUCGAGGUUCAGAUUUUCUGAGGUAGUUCAUCAUGAAGAGUCAUGCAUGAAUUGUUCACCAUCAGCACAACCACCACCAUCGCAGACACAAAAGCCUGCAUCAAUAUCUGGUGGUGUUCUUUACUGUGUCAUUGCAGUUUCUGUUUUCAUUUCGAUGUCUUCUAUUUUCCUCUUAUGUAUCUGGGUUUGGAGAAACUCUAGAAUGAAGCACAAGGCCAAGAUGGAAUUGAUCUAUGAAGAGACAACAAAUUCAAGAAAAUCAUCAAUAACACUGGCCUCAGGGAACUCAUGUCGUUGCUUCUCAAUCAUUGAGAUAAGUGCAGCCACCAUCAACUUCGAUGACAUCUUUGUUGUUGGUGUUGGAGGUUUUGGCAAAGUUUACAAAGGCUAUAUCGAUGAUGGCACGAAGCCUAUCGCCAUCAAGCGCUUCAUCCCUGAAAAUGGUGUGCAAGGUGUUCAAGAGUUCAAGAACGAGGUUGAGAUGUUGUCUCAACUUAGCCACCCUCAUUUGGUGCCUUUGAUUGGUUAUUGCAACGACGAAGACGACAUGAUAAUCGUCUAUGAUUUCAUGGCGAAUGGGACCCUCCGGGAUCAUCUGUAUGGGACUUGUAAUGCACCUCUUUCAUGGAAGCAAAGACUUAAGAUAUGCAUAGGGGCAGGGCUAGGAUUGGAAUAUCUCCACAGUGGAGCAAAAUUCAAGAUCAUUCAUCGUGAUGUGAAGACAUCAAAUAUCUUGUUGGAUGAGGAAUGGGUGGCUAAGGUUUCUGAUUUUGGGUUGUCCAAAAUUGGACCAAAUGGGGAGUCAAAGUUCCAUGUUAGCACAGAGGUUAAGGGUAGUCUUGGGUAUUUAGACCCUGAAUACUCAAAGACUAAGAGGUUGACUCAUAAAUCUGAUGUGUAUUCUUUUGGUGUGGUGUUGCUUGAAGUGUUGUGUGGUAGGGCACCUUUGCUUAGAAAAGUUGAGGGACCAAAGAGGUGCCUUGUGGAAUGGGCAAGGUCAUGCCAAAAUGAGGGACCCCAUGCCAUUGACCAAAUGGUUGAUCCGUUUAUUAGGGGCAAGAUUGUCCAAGAAUGUUUGAGCAAGUUUGUUGAAAUGGCACUGAAUUGUGUUGUUCAUGAAGGAAAUCAGAGACCAUCAAUGGGACAAGUGGUGGAGGGACUUGAACUUGCCUUGCAGCUUCAACUGAGAUCAGAACACUGAUGCAGUGAUGCUUGUGUCAUCUUUUGACCACAUGUUAAUAUGUUUUGUUAUAUAUAUCAGCAAGAAUGUCCUACAGUGACAUGCAUUUUUGUACCUUAUGGUUAAUUUAUUUAUGUGCUUGUAAAUAAUUAUGUUGAUGAUACUGUUGACUGUUGAGAUUUUUCACCAAGAUCAUAGUAGCUAGAUGAAAAAUUUUCAGAUAACUCAGCAUAGCAAAACAAGUAUUGGUAUGUAUAACUUUUCU